AUGAACGAAGAUUCAAAGUGCACCAACUAUUCCACACGUUUUCACAGAUAAUCUGCCACUUUUCGUCUCUUUCAACAGCAAUCCGCGAGAGAAAGAGAAUCAAAAUAGAAAACAAAAACCCAUUAGUUGAGUGACGAAUGUUAUGAAUUUGAGGUGACUCAGAAGCAGCGAGAGAGUAAAACGGGCGGAGUUUACUCAGUUUCGGUAUAAAUAGCGGCGUGCAAGAGGUGUUCAGUCAGUCGUUUGUUCGUGUCUUCAACCGGAGACUCUGCGAUUCCACCGAUUUUCAAAAUGAAGUUUUAAAAUCGUUGGAUUCCACCGGGAAACCAAAUUUCCCCCCUAUUUUCUCUACUUUUCUCCAUUUAUUCUACUCAAUACCGAACUUUUUCAAAAAACAAGGUAAUAAGGAACUAAUGGAUUUGGAAAUGCGAUUUCUAAUGAAUAGGAAUACCAGACAAACAUUGAAAUUGUGUAUUUUCAGACCUCGACGACUUUUCCGUCUUCGACUGUCUCAUUUCUUUCAUAGCCAUGACUCUCGAUCAACUCACAUACAUAUAUAGAUUUUAGGUACGUUUUAACAUAAAUGCGUGAACAGAAUGUGUAUACAUUCAUGUUUUCAGCUACAAUGAGAUCUCACAAUUCGAUCUUCUCUUUGAAAAUGUCUUGAAUGCUCGAAAGCGUGCAUCUCUGUUCAAAUGGAGAACGGAGCAGAAGAAGAACAUAUUCGGAACCGACGGUGCGUCUUUUCCAUGCCAAACUUGUCUCCAUUUCUCAGUUUUUUCAGGAAUGCUAAUGGAUUGCAGCAAGGAUCUGGUUGUCGUGACUCGUCUCGACUUUUCAAGAUCAAAGUACAGUAUGAAGAAACAUAAUUGUAUGUUCGUCAAGGAUCAUGUGGCAGUGUAAUGAUCCACUCAACAACCAGUCUUACUCCAAAGUCAUUAUAACUCAAUUUGAAGUUAUUAUGUCUUUCCGCAACAAUGAGGACCAAGGACAUUUCUGACUUUUAAGUGCACUGUGCCCCUGUCAAUUACAUGUCAUUAAAAUCUAGUUCUUGAUAAUUACCCUGGGACCAAUAGAAGGGACUUGCAUCUUUCCCCAACAUCCUCAUCCAACUGCUACUGCGACUUCCCCAACCUAUCUUCCUCUCACUAUUUCCAUAUUACCUAAUAAAAGCAUUAUCUGAACCACCUGCUUUUAAACCGUGCGAAGGAUACCCUUUGAGAUCAACGGGGGUUACGGAACACGACAAUCCCUGGCUAAUGUCACAACUUGAUCGAUUUCCAGUGAUGUCACUCGCAAAGCCAAACACGGAGGAUGAUGAACACGAAGCAAUGUUGACGGUGUAAAUAUUUUGUUUUUAGUUGUGCGAACAAUAAAGUUGUGCGAUUUUCUCUGUAAGACAACCGGCGGUUUGACAAGGAUCCACAUUUCUGAAAGAUCUGAAAAUAGUCUGAAAACGUGCUGUGUUUUCCAGUUUUCUACGGGCUCAAUUGCAGACGGAGAGUCACAAGUUUUGAGGACUCUGUCUUGUGACGGAGAAAACUUCCAUACUGUUUGUACAAUCAAAGAAUCGAAGUAUCCGUGCAGCCCCCUUUUGUCAACUAAGUGCCUCUUUAAAAGUGGUAUAUAGGCCCACAAACUGUUUCAAUCGAUACCAAUGGCCGCCAAAAGAUGGUGCACGCAGAGAAAGAGAGAACAGUGACAUUGGGUAUAGAUAACGGCCGCCGCGGGGUGUCUGGUCAUUCAUUCGCUUGUGUCUCCACCCGGAGACACCACCAUUCCCCCCUAUUUUCUUUACUUUUUCCAAUUAUUCUACUCAAUACUGAACUUUUUGAAAAAUGUAGUAAGAGAGAAAAGUUCAUUAUGAUAUCGUCAAGAGGAUAGUGAUGAACAAAGUGAAACGGCGUCCAAGUUGGAUUUACAUCAAGUAAGACAUAGGCUUCUGACUGCAUCAUCAAUCGUUCGCAAACAUUUUCAGGCGAACCAAAACGUACCGAUCCAAUUACCCAAAUUACAAAGUGUUAUUUCAGAUCAUGAGCAAGCGUCCGGCAGCAAUUGACGACAUUACCACCGAGGCUAAGAAAGGCGCCAUUCUAUGGACAACUAAGGAGUUGACGGAUCGGGCGGCACGACAGCUUAGAAUGGAGCAGAACCAGAAGGAACCGGUGUGCCGCUUCUGCAAUGGAGCCCACCAAACUUGGAACUGCUCCACAUACUCAUCCAAAAAGAAGUUCGAUCUAGCACGGUCGAAAAAUCUCUGCCCAGCAUGCCUCCGAAAGAAGAACCAUCACCUGUCUCAAUGCCGUCGGCUCAAACAGGCGGCAGAUCUAUGCAGCAAAAGAGCAUGCACCGACAUACACCUCAAGUCGAUCUGCCCAAACACACCGACGACCCAAGAAGAAGACCUACUCGAAGAGAAAGACUCGGAGGGCAAAUAA